AUGCGCGUGGCUUAAUGUGUUCACAUGACUUUUGACCUCGACGUUGCGAUUGACAUUGGCUGGCUCCAUACUAUUUGAAGCAUCCACUCCCGAUUUUUCUUCUUCGCUGCCUGUUCCCCCCCGUCCCGCUUGUGAAGUCGUGAUGACAACCCCGCCAGCCCCACCCCCAGAGCAAACAGCAGCGCGCACACCUCUCUCAUUCAAUGAGCUCGCCGACGCCCGCAAAAUAGAAGUCUAUGGCAUCGAUGGCAAAUCUCUCACGCUGGGCGAAUUAAUAAAUGGCAAAAGAAGCGUCUUGAUUUUCACGCGCCAUUUUUGGUGCGUGAACUGUCAAGCCUACGUCCGGGCUAUAAGCGAGUCCAUCCCCCCUUCGAAGCUGCCCCAAAACACUCAGAUAAUCUUCAUAAGCAACGGCUCCUACCAGCCCAUCAAAUCCUACGCCACUAUUACUUCCUCUGCCUACCCCAUCUACACCGACCCCACAUGCCGCUUACACUCCAUACUGAAGUUCAACUCUGCAUUAAAAGAGGCAAGUAGUACAGACGAGAAGAGAGACUACAUGCGUAAUGCAGGGAGCACGAUGGGUAGGGUUUUUGGAGGGAUCAAAGUGGCGUUAGGUCAGUUGGAGCACACGGCUUACAUUGGACCGAAGAGCUUGAAUGGUGGUGAGGUUAUUAUUUCUGCCGAUGGCGAGUGUGAAUUUAUCUAUCGCAUGCAGAACACGACGGACCAUAUCAACGUUUCGGAGUUGGUCAAGCUGGUGGGGGUGGAGGGUGGACAGAUGUAGACAUUAUUUUAUCUUGUUCCUAUCUUGCUGUCGUGACUGUCCUUUGAGAACUUGAAUUACCAAGUGAUUCCAUACCUGCAAUCCAAUCCUUAUCAACGCUUCCGUCUUAGUAGCAUAUAUUUUGCAACUUCAAUC